AUGCAAGAAUGUUCUUUUGUCAACACAAGAAGCACAUCAACACGUGAAGAUUUAACCAGAUAUAAAAAUGAAGUAACAAACCUAUUAACAAGAAGAAAUAAUAAUAAUAAUACAAAACCAAACAUGAGUAAUACAUCGGACAAUCGAACAAAAGGAGUACCAAAAACUAUAGCAACAAAACAAACACCAUCUACACUUUUCAAUGACAGUGAAUAA